AUGAGCCUCAAGAUCUCCUCCAUUUCAACGAAGUUUCACGUCGUCCUCAUAUUUAUCAUCUUUCUGUCACGUGUCUCAGACGCCUCAAAUGACGUCGACGAAAACAAUCCGUGUUACAAUAGUGAAGGUGUUGCCAUAAAUUGCCAACCGGAGUUCGUCAACGCUGCAUUCGGAAAAUCGGUCCAGGCAACGAGUACAUGCGGUUCACCGGCACACGAGUUUUGUGCGCAACAGCGGCAGAAACAGCAGCAGAAUGGAGUAAGUAGUUGCUUCGUAUGUGACACUUCCAACCCUGUUCUCAGUCACCCUCCUUCUCAUCUCACUGAUCCUCACAACUCAAACAAUUUAACCUGCUGGCAACAACAAAAAUUAAGAUACAAUCUGCAGGAAACGAACUUAACCAUAUCACUUGGCAAAAAAUUCGAAGUGACCUACGUCAGUUUGCAGUUCUGCCAUACAAGACCUGAUUCUCUGGCCAUCUACAAAAGUUCUGACUUUGGGCAGACGUGGAUUCCAUUUCAGUUCUUCUCCAGCCAGUGCGAACAUGUGUACGGAAGGAAGCCGAGAAAUCAAACGAACAAAUGGAACAAGCAAGAGGCAUUUUGUAGCGAGGAUUUCAGUCAAACGACGAACUUUGUAGGCACGUCUAGAGUAGCUUUUAACACGUUGGAAGGCAGAUCCAGCAAUAACGAAUUGGAUGCCAAUCCCAUUCUUCAGGACUGGCAAACGGCAACGGAUAUCCGAAUCGUAUUCAACCGACUGAAUACAAGAGAUAUUUCCCCAACAGCCCAGUUGAACUCCUACUCCUUCUACUCCAUGUCGGAUGUUGCCAUCGGCGGCAGGUGCAAAUGUAACGGGCACGCAUCCAGGUGUGCACCUGUCGCGAAGAGUAGGUACUCUAAAGAAGUGAAGCUGGUCUGUCAGUGCCAGCACAACACGGAUGGAGACGAUUGUGAGCGAUGUAAACCUUUCUACAUGGACCGCCCGUGGAGUAGGGGUGGCAGGACCAACACCACCGAAUGUGUCGCGUGCAACUGCAACAACCACUCUAACAAGUGUCACUUCGACCCUGAGAUUUUCGCCCUAACAAACAAUCAGACCGGAGGUGUCUGCGAGGACUGCCUGCACAACACUGUAGGACGAAAUUGUCACCAGUGCCGAAAGGGUUACUACAGAGACCUCAGUAAGCUCUUGACUCACAAACAUGCUUGCAAAAAGUGUCAUUGUCACCAAUCUGGGUCAGUUGAAAGUUCAUGUCACCCGGAAACAGGUCAGUGCCCCUGCAAGCCCGGAGUCACAGGGUUGACCUGCAACAGGUGCGCGCCCGGGUAUCAACAGUCAGAAUCUAUUCUCAAGCCAUGUGUUUGUUAG